CGCCCUUUCCCUCCAGCCGCCUCCCCAGCGCGCGAACAGCCAACCGCUAUCGCUGCGGCCAGGCUGGCAGGCCACACAAUGCUGUCUCUCUUCCUGAUCCUCUCAGGCCUGGGCCGCUUGACCACCGCGGUUCAUGAUUCUGAAACACCACUUAUACAAAUUACCGUGCCAUGGAAGAUUGGGACAAACAGCAGUGAUGACGCUGUUUCAGGAAACCAUGUCGCUUAUGCCAUCAAAAUUGAUGGGAAAAUAUACACUUUCCAUCUUAAGAAACAGUCAUUUCUAGACCCUCAUUUCCUGGUGUAUUCAUACAACAAAUCAGGAACAUUGUAUCCAGAUUCUUCAUUUAUAAAGAGCCAUUGCUUUUAUCAAGGAUAUGCUGCAGAGGUUCCAAAAUCAGUUGUGACACUUAGCACUUGUUCUGGACUCAGGGGAUUAUUGAAAUUGGAGAAUGUCAGUUAUGGAAUUGAACCACUGGGAUCAGCGGCUACAUAUGAGCACAUGCUUCAUCGAAUAAAGAAUAAUAAAAUCUCUUUUCCUCCCUUACAAGAAACUUAUCCUAUGACCGAAUUGGUAGAUAAAUCCUUCAGGAUUUUUGUGAAAUCAGAAAAAAAUUCAGAUGCGCUAACGAAAAGAAUUCUGAAGAUGCAAAUCGUUAUGGAUAAAGCCUUGUAUAAUUACAUGGGCUCUGAAGUGGCAGUUGCAACUGAGAAAGUUGUCCAUAUCUUUAGUCUUAUCAACACUAUGUUUUCCCAGCUUAAAAUGACUGUUAUGUUAACUUCUUUGGAGAUCUGGUCAGAUCAAAAUAAGAUUUCCUCUAAUGGGGAUGCUGAUGAAGUACUGCAAAGAUUUGUGUCAUGGAAAGAAAAAUUUUUGUUUCAAAGGUCUCAUGACAUGGCAUUCUUAUUAAUUUAUCGGGACCAUCAAAAUUACGUGGGAGCAACAUAUCAUGGAAUGGCAUGUGAUCCAAAGUUUGCUGCAGGAAUUGCUCUGUAUCCAAAGACGAUAACUUUAGAUGCAUUUUCAAUUGUUAUGGUACAGUUGCUUGGAAUUAAUCUAGGAUUAACAUAUGAUGACAUCUACAAUUGUUACUGUCCAGGAACUACAUGCAUAAUGAAUCCUCAGGCAAUACGCUCCCAUGGUGUAAAGUUUUUUAGCAGUUGCAGCGUGAAUGAAUUUAAACAUGUGGUUUCACAGCCUCAAUUUGAAUGUCUUCAGAAUCAAACAGUUUCAAAAGUGGUUUACCAAGAAAAAUCUUCAACUUGUGGCAAUCAGGUUUUGGAACAAUUCGAGGAAUGUGAUUGUGGAAGUGUAGAGGAAUGCAGUCAUAAAAAAUGCUGUCAUCCUGAAAAUUGUACUCUGAUUGGAAAUGCAGAGUGUGGCAGUGGAAUAUGCUGUGAUAAAAAAACUUGUGAAAUAAUUGGAAGAGGAACUAUCUGUAGGGAAAGCAAAGAUCCGUGUGAUUUUACAGAAUAUUGCAAUGGAAUAAGUGAAUUUUGUGUACCUGAUACAAAGGCUUUUGAUUUAGAACCGUGCAAUAAUAAAACUGCCUUUUGCUAUGGGGGAACAUGCCGAGAUCCAGAUGUACAGUGUUUAGAGUUAUUUGGAAAAUUUGCUAGAGGUUCUACUUAUCUAUGUACACAAGAAGUGAAUUUUCAAUCAGAUGACUACGGAAACUGUAAUAGGGGUCGUUGUAAUUAUAAGCAAAUCCAUUGUGGAAAGAUGGUUUGUCACUGGACACAUUCACAGAUAGUACCAUCGACAACUUAUGAUAUUCAGUAUACUUUCCUUGGAGGCCAUGUAUGUAUGUCAGCAUUCAUAAGAAAUAGAUCAGUAUCUGUAGCCAACGAUAGAACUUAUGCAGUUGAUGGCACUAUUUGUGAUGAGCAAAAGUAUUGUUCCAGAGGAGCUUGCCUCUUUGUCAGUGACUACCCAGGAAAAAACAGGUGUAUCUCAGAAACAAAAUGCCAAGGACAUGGGAUUUGCAAUAAUUUCCUUAAUUGUCAAUGUGAUGCUGGAUAUGCUCCUCCAACUUGUGAGCCAACGUCAUCAUCACCAGGAGGAAGUGUGGAUGAUGGGUUUUGGACUGUGGAAAGUAAGAAUACGUACUCGUUUAUAAAACGACGUGCUGCUGCCCCUAGAAAAAAUGGCCUCUUGAUCAGUUUCUAUGUUUUUCUACCUUUCCUUAUUUUAACUGCUGUCAUUGCUCUUAAAUGGAAUAAAAUUAAGAGAUCUUGGAAGAGAGAGGAAACAGUAAGUGAAGGAUCUAUAUCAGAAGACAGCAGUAGUAACAGCAUCCAGUCACAUGUAGAGUUAAAGAACAGUGAGUAAACAAUAAUGUCAAAAAGCUAGAGGUUGGAGAAAGGAUAUUACUAAGAAACUCACCAUUAACCGGCCUGAUCCAAGAAUGAAAAAAAUCUGCUUUCUCUCUCCUUUUGCUAUGACUUAGAGCUUUCAUUUUCACAAACCAAAAUAAAUCCCGUGAGUGAAAGUA